UUCGCCAUGCGAUCACCUUCAGUUAAACCCUCGGCAUACCCGCCGGUGCCCUUUCAUCUCAUCCGUUUCUUGAUCUCCCUCUCUUCACUCGUGGUAGGCGUGAUCUUGGCAGUGUUUACCUACCACCUCCACGCCGAUGGCUACAAACUACCAUAUUCAUUCCUGGUGCUCUUCGUCUCAUCAGGCAUCUCCCUCCUCAACAUAAUCCUAACCUCAGUAAUCCACUGCACCUGCGGUCUAUCAACAAAACUCUCCAUAUCCCUCAACAUCCUCCUAAUCAUCCUCUGGGCCCUAUCCCUGGGCCUACUAAGCUGGAGCUUGUCAAGCACAAUAACAACAUCAUGUACAACAACCUACUGGGGCAACUCGACUGGCAUCGCCGUCUGCCGAAGCUACAAAGCCCUCUUCACAUUCACCAUCAUCGGGCUGGUCAGCUACAUCGCCGCUGUCUGGCUGGACGUGACCGUUCGUCGGCGCCAGACACGUCUCGGCGCUUACGACCCCAUGGGCUCACACCCGGGUCUCGAUGACUCGGGCGCAUUCGAUGUCAAGAUGGAUGAUCGUCACAGCGAGUCCACCCCCGCCUUGCAUGAUUAUGAUAAUGUGCCCCCCGCGAUGUCGGGUGCGCAUGGACCCUCGGUUUAUGAGCAUAAUUUGGAGCAUGCGCAUGCUGGCGAGGCGCAGAAUUAUUAUGAUACGGCGCCGGGGAUGAGUCACCGUGGUGCGCCCAGGGUGCGUUUUAGUGCUUUUGAUGAGGAUGGACAUCAGAGGCCUGCGCAGAAUACUGGGUAUGACCCCGCUAUGUAUCGCUGA